CAAAUUUGGACUCCCAUGUGGGUCCCACCUUCUGAUCAGACAAAUCAUUCUCUACAACCUUAGUACUAGGAAAAGACAGUCUUGUCAAAUCAUAUCUCCUUGAACUCUGUCUGUCCCAUUCUUUACUUACUCUACUCUACCAGAAAGAAAGAUAGACAAUUCUUCCGUACAUAUCCUGCUUCAUUACACAAUUCUUCCGUACACAUCCAGCUGCAUUACAUUUACACACUUGUUUUGUCAACUGUCAAGUCAACAACAAAGGAGAAGAGUAUUUGGGUGAAAGUGUACGGAAGAAAUUUCAAUUGUUUCUACCAUUUCCAUCAUUUUGAUUUCUUUUCCCAUCUUACAAAGGGGAAAUAUAGAUCUGUAUGGUGGUGGGUUUCAGGGGAAAAUUGCAGUAUGCAACUGAGUUUGGUGAAUGUGGGUGAUUUGAAGAAGAAUUAAGUUCGGUGAAGAAGAAUCUGGGUUAAGUGGUGGAAUCUGGUGAAUUUGAAAGAAGAUUUUAUGCGUAGGAAAUUGUAUUUUAUCAUGAAUGAGUUAAGUGGUGGAUUUGAUGACUGAACUGAUUUAGGCGGUGGUGGUGGAAGCAUCUCUUCUUUUAUUAUUUUGCUGCAUUGUGUUUUAUCAUGAAUUGAAGAACGAAUUUUCCUGCGGUGCGCUAACACUCUUAUAAGAAAAUAAAGGAACGAAGUCGCAUCUACCUUUAGGACUGAUUGCUGUGCUUUCCUCUGGGGUCUAGAACUUAGUAGCAUUUAAUAUGGAGUGUUAUGCUUGCACACAAGUAGGUGUGCCACUUUUCCACUCCACCAGCUGUGAUAGCUACGGAAAACCUUUCGAUCCAACAAGCAAGCGCGUGAAAAUAUGGAACCGCGCUUUGUUAUUUGCGCGUGGUGUUGCAUUGGCCAUUGACCCCAUAUUUUUCUACGCGCUGUCCAUAGGGAGAGGAGGUUCCCCGUGUUUGUAUAUGGACGGUGGUUUGGCAUUCCUUGCUACUGUGGCGCGGUCGGCUAUUGAUGCGAUUCAUCUGCUUCAUAUUCUGCUGCAGUUUAGAUUACCGUAUGUGUUGAGAGAAUCACUUGUGGUUGGACGUGGGAGACUCGUGUGGGACGCACGUGCCAUUGCUUGUCAUUAUAUGAGAUCUCUCAGAGGCUUUUGGUUCGAUGUUUUUGUUAUUCUUCCGGUGCCUCAGGUUGUAUUUUGGGUAGUAGUACCAAAAUUGAUAAAAGAAGAGAGGAUUAAAAUACUGAUGACAACAAUGCUAUUGAUUUUUUUGUUCCAAUUUCUCCCUAAGGUUUACCAUAGCAUAUCCAUGAUGAGAAGAAUGCAAAAAGUCACAGGCUAUAUCUUUGGCACCAUUUGUUGGGGAUUUGGACUCAAUCUUAUAGCUUAUUUCUUUGCCUCUCAGGUUGCUGGAGCGUGUUGUUAUGUCCUUGCCAUUCAACGCGUUGCAUCUUGUCUUCAACAGCAAUGUGACAGGUCUGUCGGAUGCAGUCUCCCUCUGUCAUGCUCAGAGGAAAUAUGUUAUCGGUCAUACUCAUUGUUUCCACCAGGAACCAUUGGAAAUUCAUGUGGUGGAAACUCAACAUUGAUACCGCCUGUGUGCUUAGAUGUCGAAGGACCUUUCAGAUAUGGGAUCUACAAAUGGGCACUUCCUGUCAUAUCCAGCGAUUCCUUGGCUGACAAGAUUCUUGAUCCCAUUUUUUGGGGUUUGAAGACUUUCAGCACUUUUGGAAAUAAUCUUGAACCCACAAGUAACUGGCUAGAAGUGAUUUUCAGUAUAUGCAUUGUACUUGCUGGAAUACUACUUUCCACUCUGUUGAUUGGUAACAUCCAGGUAUUCUUAGAAGGAGUCCUGGCAAAGAAGAGAAACACGCAGCUUAGACGUCGUGACAUGGAAUGGUGGAUGAGGAGGAGGCAGUUGCCAUCCCGGUUAAGACAAAGGGUUCGGCAUUUUGAACGUCAGAGAUGGGCAGCCAUGGGAGGAGAAGAUGAGAUGGAGGAACUUAUCAAAGACUUACCCGAGGGCCUGAGGAGAGACAUCAAGCGCUACCUUUGCUUGGACCUGAUUAAAAAGGUACCAUUAUUCCAUAACUUGGAUGAUCUUAUUCUUGACAACAUCUGUGACAGAGUGAAGCCCCUAGUCUUCUCUAGAGAUGAAAAGAUAAUUAGAGAAGGUGAUCUUGUACCAAGGAUGGUGUUUAUUGUCCGUGGAAGCAUAAGGCGAACCCAAAAUCUCAGCAAAGGCAUGGUAGCAACAAGUGUCCUUGAACCAGGUGGCUUUUUAGGCGAUGAACUUCUUUCAUGGUGCCUCAGACGCCCUUUUAUAGACCGGCUUCCGGCCUCCUCAGCUACAUUUGUGUGUCUCGAAUCAACAGAAGCAUUCGGUGUUGAUGCUCAAAAUUUGAGGUACAUAACUGAUCACUUCCGGUACAAAUUCGCAAACGAGAGGCUUAAGAGAACGGCGAGAUACUACUCGUCGAAUUGGAGAACAUGGGCUGCUGUCAACAUUCAAGUUGCUUAUAGGCGUUACAGGCAAAGGACUAGAGGUCUAGUGACUCUUGUAAGGGACAAUGGAGGCACCGAGCGCACACUCUGGCAGUAUGCUGCAAUGUUCACGUCAACUAGGCCACAUGAUCACCUUGAAUGAUAAAGUAUCUCCUCUAGCUAGAACUUCAUCAUUACCUAUGUAUAUGAUGAAGUAUCUCCUUGUAAUAGCAGUUAGCACAAUAUCACAGUAAUGAAAAUAACAUUUUCUCUCCUAAGUGUUAACUUCAAUAAUCUACAACCUUCAUGUCUUCUUCAUUCGGUAUGUUCUGAUGAACUUUUUUCAGGAUCUAUGUUUUGUUUAUUAUAUGGUGAUAUUAAUACUGAGAAAUUAUCGAUAAUGAUUAAUUUGUAAUUGUAUGUGUUAGUUUUAAUAUACUACACCCUCGAGGCCAUGUUACUUCAUAGCCCUGGUGCCUGCCAAAUGAUUUUGAUUCUGAGUAGGGAUGGUCAUGGUUUGUUACUUCAUUAUGAGUCAAUCUUGCAAGACAUAGAGCUAAACAAUAAAGGUUUGUGCAUUUAGAUUGUUAUGUAGUUUUUUAGAUUAGGGUGGUAACAUAGUAAUUGUAGAUGGAUUGGUUUUGGUAUGAGGUUUGGUUAUUGAACAAUGCCAGGUUAGAUUUUUAAUUGUUGAUAAGUAAUAGAUUCUGAAUAAGAAUAAAUCUUCAAGUGAUUUCUAACAGAUAAAAGGUUCUAAUAUGUGGAUUUUGUUUAUAAUUAUACUAGCUUCAUGCUAGGGAUCUUGUAAACUAGUUUGACUCACAAAAGGUACAUUGAGAUGUAUUAUUGAUUUGCGGUUUGCCAAAUGAAGGAAAGAGAUUGAAGUUUUAGAUAGGAUUUUGCUGAAUACAUGAAUAAAUAGGAUGUUGGGACCAUACUCAAACACAUUCUACAUGAUUUAUGUUUGCAGUGGCAAUUAGGAUGCCAAUUUUGUCCAACUAAAUUGCUAAUGGAAACAUGGUUAUGUACUACUUUUUUGUGUUUGUAGGAGACACAUUUGUUGGAGGAUUUCUAUCACAAUUGGUUCAAGAUAAGCCCAUUGAUGAACUUGUUAAAUGGUUCAAGAUAGCCUUACUAGUUUAUUUUCACAUUUUAUUUUAGUCUUAAUUUUUUUUGUUUGAUUGUUAAUAUUAAAUGACAGUAAUCAUGGAGUUUUCUAUGUAGUAUCAUUAACAACACUUUU